GUGGAUACCAGAAAUGGUCAAUCUUUGCUCCCAUUUCCCAUCAAGCGUCAAGACAAUAAUUCUCCUUCUCUGACUUCUUCUUCAUCCUUCACUGAACUCACUUCUUAUUGAUAUUCAAUUUUAGUCGCUCCAGAUUAAAAUAUCAAUAACCUACAACUUGAUCAAUUCAUUAUCAGCAACCAAAACAACUUUCUAUAACUUACCCUAUCUUUCUCCAUGUUUACAACACUCGCUUAGCUUCACCAUGAGUUCAUCUUCUUUAUUAAUUUCAAGAGCAACAAUAACCUCUCUGUUUCAAUCCCCUUCUUCUUCUUCUUCUUCUCCUUCCAAAUCCUCCAUUUUCCAAUUCUGUCCUUCCUCGUCUUCCUCUCGACGACGCUGUUUGCUCUUAGUUAGAGCUUCAAAAUCGACCAACUUCGAAUUUGUUCUACAUGAUGCGUUGGAUUCUUGUGGAGUCGACGCUACCCACGCUAGGGAAGCGAGGAAGGGAUUCUUGACACAGAUUCAGAACUUAUCGGAUAUCGAGAGGGGAACUAGUAUUAGCAUUAAUAGAUGUGUGGAUUUGGGGAAAAUGGCUCUUUAUAUAGCAGCUGAGGAUGAUUCUCUUCUAUCUAACUCUUCCAUCCCACUUCCUGUGGAUCAUUUUAUUGAAAUAUUGGAUAAUAUUUCCAUGGACUACUGCUCAAGCUAUAGAUCAUCCUUUAGAUCUUCACCUGAGAAAUUUCUUGAUAGUUUAGAUACGUAUUUGUAUGUCAAGAAGGGUUUCCGGAGAACCGCUCCUAGUCCUAAGGACCAAUUGGACAUACGGCCUCUCUAUCUCCCCUCAGUUUUGAUUAAUCGGUCUGGUUCGGCUGUUAUGCUUUCACUUAUAUAUUCUGAAAUCCUAAAAAUGCUUCGGUUGUGGGGUCUGUUGGAUUUUGACUGUGAGAUAUUCUUCCCUCAUGAUCUUCAUUCUCUUCCUAGAGGCUACCAUAAGCAGAAGGGUAAGGAGUCUGAUCAGCAACACAUAAUGACAACUCAAUCUCUGCUAGAGGAGACUUUGAGAAGUUUGAAGGAGGCUUUUUGGCCAUUUCAAUAUGACCACACCAAGAGUUUAUUCUUAAGGGCAGCACAUGCCACCAAUUGUAUUGAUGUAUCAAAACAUCUCGAAUAUUGUGGCUCUCAACUCUUACCUGCAAAGGCUGCUGAUAAUAGGAUACAUCAUGCUCUUCAGACCAGUACGCAUUUUGGUGAUAUGAGGCUUGCAUUAUCUGCAUGUGAACGUCUCAUACUCCUACGGUCUAAUCCGAAGGAAUUACGAGAUUACAGCAUUCUUCUAUACCAUUGUGGAUUUUAUGAGCAAUCAAGGCAAUAUCUAAAGUUGUAUCAAGAAAAAAAGAAUUUUUCCUUACAAAAGCAAAUAUCCUCUGAAUAUGACAACCUGGAGGAAGAUGCUGUGGAGAAGCUGAUGGUCCGUCUCUGUCUCAUAUCAAUGGAGAAAGGUUGGAACGAACCUUCAAACUUUUGAACUAUGAAAUUUCAUUGGAAACACAAGUCUUGCUCUUGUGAUGAUGAUGGAUACUCUUUUUGGGGCAAAAUAAAAUGAAAUACAUGAAACCACAUAGUUUAUACAUCCUCAAAGGUGAGGUUACUAUCCCGGGUGGCUAAGGCAACUUGAUUAUGAACAUGCCUUACCUAUUGAUCUGGAUGUAUAAUAUGCCGAGCUCACUUGGUCCCAGCUUCUGCAGGAUUUGCACCCGAUCUUUUCUUCAGUGAAAAUAAAAGAAGAAAGUAGGUCGUAAAUACAAUAAACAGACAUAUCAAAGAAGACCUACCUUACUCUUAAGUCAAUUUUUUCUGACUUGACAAUAACCCUUGUGGGAUGUAAGAACCCAAACAUAAUUCUUCUAGUAAUUACUCAUUGCACUUUGAUCUUAACUGCUCUGUAGAAUUGACUGUAAAUUAAGUCUUUGAAGCAUGUUCUUAAUACAGACAUUCUUUCUAGUAGAAAAGAUUUGGUCUUUGAUUCUA